AAUUGCGUAAAUGUUAGUCGACAAACAGUAACGUCAUUGUAUAAGUGCAGGCGGAGUACAUUGAAAACAACUGCUGGUUUCUGUUUUUCAGAGAUGUCUCUUCUGCGCGUGUGUUCCAGACAGCUGUUCUGGAAGAGUCCAGCUGUGGAGCCGCUUUUCACAGGGUGUUUGCGGGCAGCCAGCAGAGCGGUGAAUGACAAGGAGCCAUUGAAGAAGGCCAAAACCCCAAAAGGACGGUUUGACAACCUCGAAGAGACGAGCAAAGAUGUACUAGAAAAGUUCCCUGAUGAUGUGAACCCUGUGACGAAGGAGAAGGGGGGCCCACGGGGUCCAGAGCCAACUCGCUAUGGAGAUUGGGAGAGGAAGGGCCGGUGUGUAGACUUCUAGCUCAUUAUCUGUAAAUUAAUAUGUACCUUAUGAGUAUGGAGAUGUACUGUAAAAUGACAUAGUGAUGCAGUUUGGAUAUGUAUGUAGCCAUUAGUGGUUUUCUGUCUUUUGUUUAAUCGUGAUGGAGGAGCAACGAGCAAGUUGCCAAAUUAAAGUAAUAAAACAA